UUUUUGCCAUUCCUCGUAACAGCACUCUGCAUGACCGUUGCGACAGGGAAAUUAUCUGGAUUUAUUCUAAUAAGGCCUUUUACAUAUUGCCUGGAUUAUUAUCGGAAUCAAGAUGUUCUACACAUGUGGACCCAAUGAAGCUAUGGUGGUGUCUGGCUUUGGCCGUUCUCCUCCUCUAAUGAUUGCUGGAGGAAGAGUGUUUGUCUUCCCAUGUAUUCAGCAGAUCCAGAGAAUCACGCUCAACACCCUGACUCUGAAUGUGAAGAGUGACAAAGUCUACACCCGCCAUGGUGUCCCUAUCUCUGUCACUGGCAUUGCACAGGUGAAGAUCCAGGGCCAGAACAAGGAGAUGUUGGCUACUGCCUGCCAAAUGUUUAUGGGCAAGUCUGAGCCUGAGAUCGCCCAGAUUGCACUAGAAACACUGGAGGGACAUCAGAGAGCCAUUAUUGCCCAUUUGACUGUGGAGGAGAUCUACCAGGACCGUAAGAAGUUCUCUGAGCAGGUCUUUAAGGUGGCCUCAUCUGACUUGGUCAAUAUGGGAAUUGGUGUUGUCAGCUACACGCUCAAAGAUGUUCACGAUGAUCAGGACUACCUUCAUUCUCUUGGUAAAGCCAGAACAGCCCAGGUGCAGAAGGAUGCCAGGAUUGGAGAGGCUCAGUACAAAAGGGAUGCCGUCAUGAGGGAGGCCCACGCGAUGCAAGAGAAGGUGUCUGCUCAGUACAAGAAUGAAAUUGAGAUGGCAAAAGCCCAGAGAGACUACGAGCUGAAGAAGGCAGCCUAUGAUGUUGAGGUCAACACCAAGAAGGCAGAGUCAGAAAUGGCCUAUCAGCUUCAGGUGGCCAAGACAAAGCAGCGCAUUGAGGAGGAGAAGAUGCAAGUGCAGGUGGUGGAGAGGACACAGCAGAUUACUCUGCAGGACCAGGAAAUCAUGCGCAAGGAGAAGGAGCUGGAGGCCAAAGUCAAGAAGCCUGCAGAGGCAGAGAAAUACCGGCUGGAGAGGCUGGCUGAGGCACAACGCCUGCAGCUCAUCAUGGAGGCUGAGGCUGAGGCUGAGUCCAUCAGAAUGAAGGGCGAGGCAGAGGCUUUUGCCCUGGAGGCUAAGGGUCGUGCCGAGGCCGAGCAGAUGGCCAAGAAGGCCGAGGCCUUCAACCAGUACAAAGAUGGAGCCAUGGUGGAUAUGCUGCUGGAGAAACUGCCACUGAUGGCAGAGGAGAUCAGCAAGCCACUGUCGGAGGCCCAGAAGGUCACUAUGGUGUCCAGUGGCGGCUCAGAGGUGGGAGCAGCCAAACUGGCCGGAGAGGUGUUGGAUAUCAUGACCAGGCUGCCACUGGCAGUGGAGAAACUCACUGGAGUUGAUAUUUCCCUGGUUGGAGGACAGAGAGCACGUGCCCAUUAAGAACACAGACAGUAGAAAUAAUCAGGAGAGGUGUCACCAAUAUCCCUACUAGGAGAUCCACAUCUUCUCCUUGUGCCGAUUAAUCACUGUAUCGACUCCACCAAUACCGUAGUCCUGUCCGAUUAUCUGUGUGCAUGCAUGUGUUUCACUUGUGCAUCUCUUUUGCUGGUUCUUCCUCCAUCCAACACCCCGUGCCUUUUGCAUGGAGGAGGGGCUUUGUGUUGUUUCUUGUCAUACCUCUGAUCUGAGCUGUUGUGUUUUCGGCUGUGGUUGACAGCAAAAGCAGCUACAAGGGAUUCUAUCAUUGAUGAAGUUACUUUGUCUGCCUGGAGGAGAAAAAAGGCUCAACCCACUUCUGCCAGUUGUAGUCCAAGUAGAAAAUCCAGUCUGUCUUUUUACACUUGACCCUCAGUAUGCAAGUUUUUAUUAACAUUUUAUUGUGGAAAAAAAUGCUUGUUUGGUGCCUUUUAAUUCACUAAAUGCUGCUGAACUCUUUAUCACAGCAUUACCUCAUACUUUAGUUAGUGGGCGUGUUGCUUCUCUCAUUGUACUUUUAUACUAUUUACUUCACAUAACCUAGGUUUGUGUUUAUUAUAAAAGACACACAAAGCUGGGGCGGUUCUAGUGUACGCCACAUAUCUCUUUGUUGCAACUGACUACAUUACUGGGCCCAAAAUCAUAUCGGUUGUGCUGCAAGUGGAAGAAUUUUCUCUGUGCUUCAAAAUGAGGGUAAAGGAAGUGGUUAAUGGAAACAAGGUUUUGGGGUUUCCUGUGAAAAGCAACCAGAAAGUAUGUUAUGGUGGGGGAAAAAAAAUAUUUUUUGUCUUUGCUGCAGUGUCUUCUGGUGUCUUCUUUUGUAUGGCAAGAGUAAAGGACCAUCACUAACUAACCAACUAACCAGCCUGUUGCUUUGAUGUGCUUGCUGCCUGGAAUUUAAACUGAUAUACAGGAGAUAGAAUGAUUUUCCUUUUUUAUUUGUUGAACUGAUUUUCCAUCACAAUGUGAUGUUGGGUAUUACAGAUUUUGGCUGAUUGUAGGUCUUGUACUUUUAGGAGGUUCGGAAUGACACCCCAGUACCUCUGACUUGGAGUUUGGGGGCUGAUCUCUUCACAAAAUUUCCAAACGUUUUCCAUCUACCAAGCCUUAUGCAUUUUGUGACCGCCAAGUGCCUGGUCAAGACUCCUCAACAGCCAAGUCAAAUUGACUUCUGUCAGGGAAUAAUUUCUUAUAUCUAAUCAUAAGCCAUUAGCCGUCAUUAUUGACAGCUGUAGAUGAAAGCCAAAUCAGUCUUUGCUCCUUUUGUAUGUUCUUCCGACCAAUUUCUCGCUGUUGUUGCAUGUCCGUCUUUUAAACUGACAUAGGAAGUAGCUGUUACAUAGUGUGGAAGUUGUAUACUGGUGUCCAAUAUUAAAGAUUUAUAUGUAGUGAAAUGUUCUAAGAUAUUAUAGACAAUAAAAUAUAGCUUAAUCACUGAAA